AAAGUCAAAACAAAACAAUUAGUCUCUCUAAUCUGUGCAUCUAUAACAGAAAUAAAAAAUAUAUUUAAAAAAAUUAAACAAAUUAAACCGUUAAUUACUUAUCUAUCAUAAUAUAAACGUUUUAUAAAUUACAAAUUAUUUAAUUAAACAUCCUUUCUAAUCUGUGAUAAUAAUAACAGCUUGAAACCUAUCCUGUGAAACAUGGAUGAUCCAUUUGUGACGUGCCCUUACAACGCCUGCCACAGAGUGUCCCGUUCCCGUAUCCAAGCGCACUUGGUGAAAUGCCAGAAAAAUUAUCCAAAACUCGACAUCUGUCCGUACAACGCCACGCAUCGCAUGUCCAGCGACGAGAUGAAGCAGCACGUGAAAAUAUGCACCAACCGAUCCUCGUUCUUCCUUAAAGAAAAGCCACUAGUGACUGGUGCUAUAUCAACACCGAAGCGGAUAUUGCAGAAGGAGUACCUUCCAGAGACUGAUCCCAACCAUGAGAUGUGGGACGAUUAAUGUUUCAAGUUUAUGUUAUCCUAGUACAUUUUCUCUUCCCUUCCCAAAGAGGGUUGACGUCAAGCAGGUGGCCGGUCGUAAAACUAAAAACCAAAUCUUUUUGUAAUAUGGAUAAAAUCAUAUUACGCCGACCCCAAAUGAUUGGGAUAAGGGUAGGAAGAUGAUGAGAUGAUGUUAUCCUGGUACAUUUUAUAAUUUUAGUAUUAUAAUUAAUUUGUUAAAUUUCUAGUUUCUAAAUUAAAAAAAUACAUUAACUAUCAUUAACAUAAUUGGCCGUGUGGUCCCGGUAUAGAAUAAGCCACCCCCUUCUUUCCCGUGGGUGUCGUAAGAGGCGAUUAAGGAGGGCGAGGGAUGGGCAGCAGCGUCCCCUCUUAAAACAUCUCCAAAACCUAAUUGCAGUUGACAAUCCACCUGUCAAGCGUGGCAACUACAGGCAAAAUCCCACUAGGGGGGAGGCUUAUGUCCAGCAAUGGACAGCUAAAGGCUGUUAUAUUUAUGAUUAAUGUUUUUAUUGGUAGUGAGUUUAUUAAAGAGUCAUGGAAUAGUAUAACUAACACUAACAUACGGUAAUUAACUUGUUUACGAUUAAAUAUAAUAUUAAAUAUAUGAUUUUUACUGGUAGUGAGGUUUAGGUAGAGAUGUUUUCUCCCACGAACACUCAGGUUAUGGAAUGAGCUCCCUGCCGAGGUUAUCCCAAGAGAUUACAGCAUGGGGUUCUCCAAAAGGGGGGUAAAGAGGUAUCUUCAGGGCCGGCAACGCGCCCGUAAUACCUCUGGUAUUGCAGGCAUUCAUAGGCUACGGUAACCGCUUACCAUCGGGUGGGGCGUAUGCUUGUUUGCCACCUCAGUGGUAUAGAAAAAAAACUCGAAUGAUGUAUAUAAAAAAUAUAUAAUUUUGUAUGUUUGUA